AUUACAGUGACAACGUGGAGAGUUAAAUUCAUAAGACGUAUCAAUCCGCUAUUAUAACAAAGGCAUACAUAUUUCUCCACAUGGAAGACAAAGAGAUCGCAAGUUCGUCAUAUUGUUGUUGGCGUUGUAAACUAGAUGAGGAUAACAGGGAAGAACUCGUAUGCCUAUGUAGGUGUGCAGAUAAAUUGAUACAUGUUUAUUGUCUAACGAAGUUAGUAAUUGCUGCAAACAUAUUUUAUUGCCCAUAUUGUAAUGCUCGCUAUCCAUUAGAAAGACGGCCCAAAUCAUUAUUAAAGAUGCUUCUAAAAGUUAGUUACGAUAUUUUUUUGAUACUACUUAUGAUAUUUGUAAACUACAUAAUUGGACGAAUAGUUUCUGUAGCGCUAUUAUAUGUCCUGUCUCCCUUUAUCACAAAAAUCAUUAACCAAUGCAUAUUUCUUUGGGAUAGUUAUAUGAUGGCGCCUACAAUAUAUGAGAUUAUUAAAGGAAUAUAUGAACUUUAUCAUCAAUGGUACAAAAGCACUUAUGAAUGGAAAUUGAUAAGACCAUCUACUGUUAAAAAUAUUGAAGAGUACAAUAUUGAAGAAUGA